GGCGUGUGACGAGUAGGGGGAGGGGCCCACGAUACAUGAUUUUGAUUUCUUUCUUUGUUUCAUGACCAGAAAACAACAAUGGUGUAUAUUUGUAGAAAUGUCCAUAUCUGAUCGUUCGCCUGACAUUUUCGUUAUAAUUACCGGACUCGUAUCAGAACCGAAUCCACAGGAGGUAGGAUGAAGCGGCGCAAUGCGGACUGCAGCAAGCUCCGACGGCCGUUAAAACGGAACCGAAUCACCGAGGGUAUAUAUAGCAGUACGUUCCUGUAUCUGAAGUUUCUGGUGGUGUGGGUGCUGGUGCUGCUGGCAGACUUUGUGUUGGAGUUCAGGUUUGAGUACCUGUGGCCCUUCUGGCUCUUCAUACGCAGUGUCUAUGACUCGUUCAGAUACCAGGGGCUGGCUUUCUCCGUGUUCUUUGUGUGUGUGGCGUUUACGUCUGACAUCAUCUGCCUCCUCUUUAUCCCUGUCCAAUGGCUGUUUUUCGCUGCCAGCACCUACGUCUGGGUCCAGUACGUCUGGCACACAGAGAGAGGAGUGUGUCUACCCACCGUGUCGCUAUGGAUACUGUUUGUGUACAUGGAAGCUGCCAUCCGCUUCAAGGACCUGAAGAACUUCCAUGUGGACCUGUGUCGGCCCUUCGCUGCUCACUGUAUUGGCUACCCCGUGGUGACUCUGGGCUUUGGCUUUAAGAGCUACGUCAGCUACAGGAUGAGACUGAGGAAACAGAAAGAGGUGCAGAAGGAGAAUGAGUUCUACAUGCAGCUUCUACAACAGGCUCUGCCCCCUGAGCAACAGAUGCUACAGAGACAGGAGAGAGAGGCAGAGGAGGCGGCCAUGGCUAAAGGUGUGUCAUCAGAGGUGGACCUAGCCCCUCCGGUCUCCCAAAACGGGGCUACUCCCGGCAAGAAGACCUCCGUUAACUCUUCUGUCCCCUUACCGGAACUGGAGUACCGGGAGAAAGGGAGAGACGGCAACAGCAAGGAGCGGGAGGGCAAACAACAACAACAACACACAAUAGGAAUCAACAACAACAACAGUAUCCUCCACACACUGGACUCCACAUUACAGGAGACAGAGUAUAUGGAGAACACGGGGGGGAAGAGACUGAACAACGACCUCAGAGGAGGAGAGAGCACGGGCAACACACACACUCCUAAAGAGGAGGUGGGGGGAACAGGGGGGGGGAAGAACUACAAAAACGCCAGCGGAGGCGGUGGGGCCACCAACUCCUCGCCUCGGAAUCACAGCGCCACCAAUGGGAGCGUGCCGUCGUCUGGCUCGUCCAAUAAGAACGAGAAGAAGCAGAAGUCGGCGGGGAAAGGAGCAGCCAAGGAUCCCGUGGAGAACUGCAUUCCCAACAAUCAACUGGGCAAGCCGGACGCCCUCGUGCGGUUGGAGCAGGAUGUGAAACGGCUGAAGGCAGACCUGCAGGCGAGCCGUCAGUUGGAGUCAGAUUUACGUUCUCACCUCUCCUCCCUGACCAGCCAGGACAGGAGUCUGCGCUCAGAGCUGGGCCAGCUGCGACAAGACAACGAGAUGCUGCAGAACAAGCUCUACAGUGCUGUCCAGGCCAAGCAGAAGGACAAGCAGACCAUCUCCCAGCUAGAGAAGAGGCUGAAGGCAGAGCAGGAGGCGCGGGCGCUGGCGGAGAAACAGCUGGCUGACGAGAGGAAGAGGAAGAAAGUGGAGGAAGCCACCGCAGCCCGGGCUAUAGCACUAGCCGCAGCCUCCAGGGGUGAGUGUACUGACUCCCUGCGUGGACGGAUCAGAGAGUUGGAGACGGAGUGUAAGAAACUCAGCAUUGACAUGAAACUCAAAGAAGAGCACAUUAGAGAGCUGGAGGGGAAAUGCCAGGAGCUGCGUAAGUACAAGGAGAAUGAGAAGGACAUGGAGGUGUUGAUGUCAGCUCUGUCGGCCAUGCAGGAUAAAACUCAGCACCUGGAGAACAGCCUGUCUGCUGAGACCAGGAUUAAACUAGACCUCUUCUCUGCCCUGGGGGACGCCAAGAGACAGCUGGAGAUCGCACAAGGUCAGAUCCACCAGAGGGACCAGGAGAUAGCAGAGUUGAAGCAGAAGAUAGCUGAAGUGAUGGCUGUGAUGCCCAGUAUCUCCUACAGCAACGACAGCAGUAGCCUCAGCCCCGUUACGCCACACUACUCCUCCAAGUUCAUGGACAAUAGUCCCUCUUCCCUGGAUCCCAACGCUUCUGUCUACCAGCCACUCAAAAAGUGACAAUAACACACACAUUAAUACACACUAACACACACACACACACACUUACAAGAAUACAGAUUUAAAAAGACCGCAUACGUAGUCACAUCCCCUCAUACAUACGUAGUCACAUACCCUCAUACAUAUGUAGUCACAUCCCCUCAUACAUACGUAGUCACAUCCCCUCGUACAUACGUAGUCACAUCCGAUCAUACAUACGUAGUCACAUCCCCUCAUACAUACGUAGUCACAUCACCUCAUACAUACGUAGUCACAUACCCUCAUACAUACGUAGUCACAUACCCUCAUACAUAUGUAGUCACAUCCCCUCAUACAUACGUAGUCACAUCCCCUCGUACAUACGUAGUCACAUACCCUCAUACAUAUGUAGUCACAUCCCCUCAUACAUACGUAGUCACAUCCCCUCAUACAUAUGUAGUCACAUCCCCUCAUACAUACGUAGUCACAUCCCCUCAUACAUACGUAGUCACAUCCGAUCAUACAUACGUAGUCACAUCCCCUCAUACAUACGUAGUCACAUCCGAUCAUACAUACGUAGUCACAUCCCCUCAUACAUACGUAGUCACAUCCCCUCAUACAUACGUAGUCACAUACGUAGUCACAUACCCUCAUACAUACGUAGUCACGUCCCCUCAUACAUACGUAGUCACAUCCCCUCAUACAUACGUAGUCACAUCCCCUCAUACAUACGUAGUCACAUACGUAGUCACAUACCCUCAUACAUAUGUAGUCACAUCCCCUCAUACAUACGUAUUCACAUCCCCUCAUACAUACGUAGUCACAUCCCCUCAUACAUACGUAGUCACAUCCCCUCAUACAUACGUAGUCACAUCCCCUUAUACAUACGUAGUCACAUACGUAGUCACAUACCCUCAUACAUAUGUAGUCACAUCCCCUCAUACAUACGUAUUCACAUCCCCUCAUACAUACGUAGUCACAUCCCCUCAUACAUACGUAGUCACAUCCCCUCAUACAUACGUAUUCACAUCCCCUCAUACAUACGUAGUCACAUCCCCUCAUACAUACGUAGUCACAUCCCCUCAUACAUACGUAGUCACAUCCCCUCAUACAUACGUAGUCACAUACCCUCAUACAUACGUAGUCACAUCCCCUCAUACAUACGUAGUCACAUCCGAUCAUACAUACGUAGUCACAUCCCCUCAUACAUAUGUAGUCACAUCCCCUCAUACAUACGUAGUCACAUACGUAGUCACGUCCCCUCAUGCAUACGUAGUCACGUCCCCUCAUACAUACGUAGUCACGUCCCCUCAUACAUACGUAGUCACAUCCCCUCAUACAUACGUAGUCACAUCCCCUCAUACAUAUGUAGUCACAUACGUAGUCACAUACCCUCAUACAUACGUAGUCACAUCCCCUCGUACAUACGUAGUCACGUACCCUCAUACAUACGUAGUCACAUCCGAUCAUACAUACGUAGUCACAUCCCCUCAUACAUAUGUAGUCACAUCCCCUCAUACAUACGUAGUCACAUCCGAUCAUACAUACGUAGUCACAUCCACUCAUACAUACGUAGUCACAUCCCCUCAUACAUACGUAGUCACAUACGUAGUCACAUCCCCUCAUACAUACGUAGUCACGUCCCCUCAUACAUACGUAGUCACAUCCCCUCAUACAUACGUAGUCACAUCCCCUAAUACAUACGUAGUCACAUCCCCUCAUACAUACGUAGUCACAUACGUAGUCACAUCCUCUCAUACAUAUGUAGUCACAUCCCCUCAUACAUACGUAGUCACAUCCCCUCAUACAUACGUAGUCACAUCCACUCAUACACACGUAGUCACAUACGUAGUCACAUCCCCUCAUACAUACGUAGUCACAUCCACUCAUACAUACGUAGUCACAUACGUAGUCACAUCACCUCAUACAUACGUAGUCACAUACGUAGUCACAUCCACUCAUACAUACGUAGUCACAUACGUAGUCACAUCCCCUCAUACAUACGUAGUCACAUCCCCUCAUACAUAUGUAGUCACAUCCCCUCAUACAUACGUAGUCACAUCCCCUCAUACAUACGUAGUCACAUCCACUCAUACAUACGUAGUCACAUCCCCUCAUACAUACGUAGUCACAUCCCCUCAUACAUAUGUAGUCACAUCCCCUCAUACAUACGUAGUCACAUACGUAGUCACAUCCUCUCAUGCAUACGUAGUCACAUCACCUCAUACAUACGUAGUCACAUACGUAGUCACAUCCCCUCAUACAUACGUAGUCACAUACGUAGUCACAUACCCUCAUACAUACAUAGUCACGUCCCCUCAUACAUACGUAGUCACAUCACCUCAUACAUACGUAGUCACAUCCCCUCAUACAUACGUAGUCACAUCCCCUCAUACAUACGUAGUCACGUCCCCUCAUACAUACGUAGUCACAUACGUAGUCACAUCCCCUCAUACAUACGUAGUCACAUACCCUCAUACAUACGUAGUCACGUCCCCUCAUACAUACGUAGUCACAUCACCUCAUACAUACGUAGUCACAUACGUAGUCACAUCACCUCAUACAUACGUAGUCACAUACGUAGUCACAUCACCUCAUACAUACGUAGUCACAUACGUAGUCACAUCCCCUCAUACAUACGUAGUCACAUCCCCUCGUACAUACGUAGUCACAUCCCCUCGUACAUACGUAGUCACAUCCCCUCAUACAUACGUAGUCACAUCCACUCAUACAUACGUAGUCACGUCCCCUCAUACAUACGUAGUCACAUACGUAGUCACGUCCACUCAUACAUACGUAGUCACGUCCCCUCAUACAUACGUAGUCACAUCCCCUCAUACAUACGUAGUCACAUACGUAGUCACAUACCCUCAUACAUACGUAGUCACAUACCCUCAUACAUACGUAGUCACGUCCCCUCAUACAUACGUAGUCACGUCCCCUCAUACAUACGUAGUCACGUCCCCUCAUACAUACGUAGUCACAUCCCCUCAUACAUACGUAGUCACAUCCCCUCAUACAUACGUAGUCACAUCCCCUCAUACAUACGUAGUCACAUACGUAGUCACAUCCACUCAUACAUACGUAGUCACAUCCACUCAUAAAUACAAAGACACAAACUCUUCUGAGCAGGUUUUUUGGAAGCGAUUGGAAAUGUUCUCGGCGCUGUGUAGGACGAGCUUCUCCGAAGUGUUUUGGUUGUGUUUUGGUUGUGUUUUUGGAACCAGUUGCGGUCGGAGUCCCAGCCCCGUCGUUCUGUUAUUCCCAGUUUGUUUCCAUGGUGAUGCCUUUGUUUUCUUUAGUUUUUUUUGGAACAGCUGGAGAGGUAAAACUACACGAGGAAAGGUGUUUAUGUUUUGUGAUUGAGCCAUUCUGAUUUGAACUGGUAAGAGAGAGACGUAAAAAGGACAUCGGUUUGGAUGUAUCCUGAAUGGCGCCCUAUUCCCUACAACCCAUGAGGAAUGUUCUGAGUGGAGAGAGAGGCCGAUGAGGACUGACUGGUUAGUUGGUAUAAAUGUCUAGAAAGACCCAUCGUCUUGCUCUCUCUCAGUGCUUCAUGUUCUCUCUCUCUCUCUCUCUCUCUCUCUCUCUCUCUCUCUCUCUCUCUCUCUCUCUCUCUCUCUCUCUCUCUCUCUCUCUCUCUCUCUCUCUCUCUCUCUCUCUCUCUCUCUCUCUCUCUCUCUCUCUCUCUCUCUCUCUCUGUCUCUGUCUCUGUCUCUGUCUCUCUCUCUCUCUCUCUCUCUCUCUCUCUCUGUCUCUCUCUCUGUCUCUCUCUCUCUCUCUCUCUCUCUCUCUCUGUGCUUCUUGUUCUCUCUCUCUCUCUCUCUCUCUCUCUCUCUCUCUCUCUCUCUCUGUGCUUCAUGUUCUCUCUCUCUCUCUCUCUCUCUCUCUCUCUCUCUCUCUCUCUCUCUCUCUCUGUCUCUGUGCUUCAUGUUCUCUCUCUCACUCUCUCUCUCUCAUUGCUUCGUGUUCUCUCUCUCUCUCAGUGCUUCGUGUUUUCUCUCUCACUCUCUCUCUCUCAGUGCUUUGUGUUUUCUAUCUCUCUCUCUCUCUCUCUCUCAGUGCUUCAUGUUCUCUCUCUCUCUCUCUCUCUCUCUCUCUCUCUCUCUCUCUCUCUCUCUCUCUCUGUGAUUCAUGUUCUCUCUCUCUCUCCCUCUCUCUCUCUCUCUCUCUGUGCUUCAUGUUCACAAUCUCCUUUUUCUUUCUGUCCAUUUUGUUCAGCAGGUUUUGUCUCAGCUUAAUGUUAGUCUUUGUAUGAUGGGACUAUUAUACUACACUACAUUUUUUCUUUUAAAUGUGAAGAAGCUGAAACAUUUGAAGUGGUAUCUUCUGUGAGUUUGAUUAUGAAUGGAAAAGUACUUUGUUGAUGUUUUGGUAUUAUCGCCAUUACUUAAAUAUGUGAUUUGUUUUUUUUUAAGCAACACAUUUCAGUUUAGUUAUGACGAUAACAAUGGUAAUGUACAUUUCUCUAUACCAGUGGUCUUGGCAAGAUCACCAAUUUGUACAUCAACUCACAUUCACCCUUUACUCCAAACAACAUCCGGGAUUAUCAAUUAACGCCAACACUCCGGUCAAGAAAUACAUAUCUUUCACAAUUGGAUUGUCAAUGGAGAUGACCUGGUACUGCCUAAAGGUUAAGAUAUAUGACCUGGUACUGCCUAAAGGUUAAGAUAUAUGACCUGGUACUGCCUAAAGGUUAAGAUAUGACCUGGUACUGCCUAAGGGUUAAGAUAUAGGACCUGGUACUGCCUAAAGGUUAAGAUAUGACCUGGUACUGCCUAAAGGUUAAGAUAUAUGACCUGGUACUGCCUAAAGGUUAAGAUAUGACCUGGUACUGCCUAAAGGUUAAGAUAUGACCUGGUACUGCCUAAAGGUUAAGAUAUAUGACCUGGUACUGCCUAAAGGUUAAGAUAUGACCUGGUACUGCCUAAAGGUUAAGAUAUAUGACCUGGUACUGCCUAAAGGUUAAGAUAUAUGACCUGGUACUGCCUAAAGGUUAAGAUAUAUGACCUGAUACUGGCUAAAGGUUAAGAUAUAUGACCUGGUACUGCCUAAAGGUUAAGAUAUAUGACCUGGUACGGCCUAAAGGUUAAGAUAUGACCUGGUACUGCCUAAAGGUUAAGAUAAAUGACCUGGUACUGCCUAAAGGUUAAGAUAUGACCCGGUACUGCCUAAAGGUUAAGAUAUGACCUGGUACUGCCUAAAGGUUAAGAUAUAUGACCUGGUACUUCCUAAAGGUUAAGAUAUAUGACCUGGUACUGCCUAAAGGUUAAGAUAUGACCUGGUACUGCCUAAAGGUUAAGAUAUGUCAUCUGUUUGCUGCAAAUGCACUCAAACCCAUCUAUCCUUUUGGACCAAAUUAGAAUCUGUCGUUUGGCCAUAUUACUAAAAACCUACUGGAUUUAAUGAUGUCUAGGUAACUGAUGUUUACCAGUUGUAAAUUUCACUGUGCCUUGCAAAUUUCUUUUUUUUAAAGUAGUGAGUAUAAUGGGUUACUUCACCAAUCUUGAUAUAGGACCCGGGCUGUCUCAAUAGUGUUAACUUGCUUCCUUUCAUUGUACCCUUUCCUUCGUGAUCUCUGAUCUGGCAGGUGGAAGCAACAUAUGGUGAAAGCCUCUCACCUAUCAUGAAGGAAAGGAGAUGAAGGAAGGAAGCUAGUGUAGUGGAUUGAGAUGUCCCCCAUCUCUUACCAUCUCCCAUGCAGCGCCAGUCUCCUUUUAUAUUAAGCCCGAUACUCUUAGACACCGAUCAGUGUUGUCUUAAAAAAGGAAAGGAAACAAAUUGAUUUGGUAUAUGAAUGAACCUGGUCUGCCAAACAACAGCCAAACAGCUAUUAAAUAUGUCUACCUGGUCAGGCCAAAGGGUCAGUAAGAUCAAACUCCAGGCUCUUAUGUCCACUACUACGGUGGCCCAGAGUGGACAUCUAUUUGUUUACAACCAAGGUUGGGGUCAAUGCCAUUUCAAUUCAGGAAGUAAAAACUGGAAUUUCAGUCAUCUUCAAUGUUUUUUAAUGAGGAAACAUUUGGAAUUUGGUUAACUUUCAGAAUUGAAAUGGAAUUGACCCACGACUCUGUUUACAACCAUGUACAUUAUUACAUAGCGAUGAAUGUUCUGUGUUGUUUUUCUUCAGUUCAAAGUGCCACGUUUUGGGUGUUUCUCAAUGCACCCCCCUCUCCCGUUCAUUAGAUUGACGUAUCUCUUGCUUGAGGUUUGGAUAAAAGCAUCACACCAUAGCUACACAUUGUUGUGUUCAUGUAUUUGCCAUUUUUUGGACAUUCGGUUCUGAUUUUUUUUUUUUUAGGUUGAUCAGAAAGCAGGUCCGGUAACGGUUAAAUUGACUCGCUGCUUUUGUUAUUGAUUUGGUUGCAGCUGUUUUCUCUCCUGCAUCGUGUUUUUAAUUCUCUCCUUCUAGCCUCUGAGUCGCAGAUUCGUUUCUGUUCAUCACAACUCAUUAUGGAAUCGUCAUGUGCAAAAACAAUUGGCUUGAAAGACCUACACUUUGAGUUGGCAAGAGCACAACCAGAUCUGGGAAACAGGCUAAUCUCUUUCCAACUGGGAUGAGGAUGAUGAUGAUAGUGUGAAGUUUUGUAUUGUGGAAGUUACACCCUGCCCACUGGGCACACGCUUGUUGAAUCCACGUCGUUUCCAUGUCUUUUCAAUGGCGUUACGUUGAGCCAACGUGAAAUAGACGUUCAGUUGACAUCUGUGCAGUUUGACCAUAGGCCGUGUUUUGUUUUUGUUUUUUUUUGCCGUAGGGUGAAGUUGCCCCUAGAUGCUGAUUUUUGGGUCGGUACCUAGACGAAACUUGACCCCCCCCCCCCCCCGGGCGUUGUGUUUUCUCAUGUUUUCUACCUGGAAAGUAUUGGUGUGGAUCACAGUAACGGACUUGUGACCUGUUGUGAAGAUGUUCUAUAUGUUUUAGUGGGAAAGAAAGUGUAUUUUGUUGUUCCACCAUGUUGUUUUCUCUCUAUCACAAAGUGAUGAUGAUGAUGUCGGCUGAGUCCAAACUUCUCUGACUUUGGGGCCGUCACCUGGAAUAAAAAUUAAAAAAGAUUCUUGCAGGCGAUGAUGAUGAUGCAAGCUGUUUGAGAACAA